AUUCUUUGUUCCAUUUAAAGAUAAAUCUAAUUUUGUAAUUUACAAAAACACCCUCAAAGUCUCCACUUAUUUACAGCGGCUACGAUUCACCGCGUCCUUCAUCUUCUUCCCUAAUCCCUUUUUCUCAUUUCUUCUUCAGCUUCUUGUUCUUCUUCUAUAUAUACGUCUUUAAGCUGCUUCUCUUUGUCUUUAUCUUGUCCGUUUAUCCGAAUGGUUCAAACAGAAACAGAUCAAAGGAUGGGUCUUAAUCUGAAUUUGUCUAUCUACUCUUUACCAAAACCCUUAUCUCAAUUUCUCGAUCAAGUGUCGAGGAUCAAAGACCAUCAUUCGAAACUGUCUGAAAUCGAUGGUUAUGUCGGGAAAUUAGAGGAAGAGAGAAAAAAAAUCGAUGCUUUUAAAAGAGAACUCCCUUUAUGCAUGCUCUUAUUGAACGAAGCGAUUGAGGCGUUGAAUGAAGAGGCUAGAAAAGGGUCAUCAGUGAUGGCAUCAAAUGGGAAAUUCGAUGAACGUGAAGGGGCAAAACCGGAAACUGAUAAGAAGAGCUGGAUGAGCUCUGCCCAGUUAUGGAUCUCGAACCCUAAUUCUCAAUUGCAAUCGACAAACGAAGAAGAAGAUCGGUGUGUGAGUCAGAACCCAUUUCAGACAUGUAACCAAGGAGGGGCAUUUCUGCCAUUUAACCGUCCUCCACCUCCUCCACCACCAGCUCCUCUGUCUCUCAUGACUCCAACAUCAGACAUGAUGAUGGAUUGUAGCAGAAUUGAGCAGAAUCAUCAUCAUCAUCAUCAGUUCAACAAACCUUCUUCACAGAGUCAUCACAUUCAGAAGAAAGAGCAGAGAAGGAGAUGGUCACAGGAACUUCACCGUAAAUUCGUUGAUGCUCUUCACAGGCUUGGAGGGCCACAAGUGGCUACACCAAAGCAGAUUAGAGAUUUGAUGAAAGUUGAUGGUUUAACCAAUGAUGAAGUCAAGAGCCAUUUACAAAAAUAUAGAAUGCAUAUCCGUAAGCAUCCGCUGCAUCCGACAAAGACUUUGUCAUCGUCGGAUCAGCCCGGUGUGUUGUCAGAGAGAGAAUCACAGAGCUUAAUAAGUUUGUCGAGGUCGGAUUCGCCACAAAGCCCACUUGUUGCAAGAGGGUUGUUCAGUAGUAAUGUUGGUCAUAGCUCAGAGGAAGAUGAGGAGGAGGAUGAAGAAGAGGAGGAGAAAUCUGAUGGACGUAGUAGCUGUAGAAAUGAUGAAACAAAGAAGAAGAGACAAGUGUUGGAUCUUGAGCUUUGAAAUUCGGCCUAGUGAAUGAUAUAAUCAUACCAACUUAUGUUAUAUAUGCUCAAAACUUGAGUUUGUUCGGGAGUUUUUGUAGAUGUAAACAUGAGAGUUGAAAUAAGGAAGAGGUUUUUUUUUUUUUGCAAGAGGAAAUAGAUAGAAGAGAGUGAUCAAAAUCCUCUGGUUUGUGUUUUUGUUUUUUUGUUACUUCAUAAGAAAGGUAAACUCAAAUAUCAAAGAUUUUGUUUUUUUACU